AUGGGCCUCACGCGGCAGUAUCUGCGCUACGGGCCGGCCGCACUCUUCGGGCUGGUGGCCAGUGCCAGGGCUAACGUGGUCUUCGUUACGCUGCGUGGUGAGCGGGGCCGCUGCGUGGCCGUGCCUGCCUGCGAGCACGUCUUUGUUUGGGAUACGCGGAAAGGAGAGAAGGUUCUUAUCCUUAAAGGUCUCAAGCAGGAGGUCAGUUGCCUCUGCCCUUCUCCAGAUGGGUUGCACUUGGCUGUUGGGUAUGAAGAUGGAUCAAUCCGUAUCUUCAGCCUUCUAAGUGGAGAAGCAAAUGUCACUUUCAAUGGACAUAAGGCUGCAGUUACAGUCAUGCAGUAUGACCAUUUGGGUGGCCGGCUGGUAUCUGGCUCAAAGGAUACAGAUGUCAUUGUGUGGGAUGUCAUCAAUGAGAGUGGCUUGUAUCGGCUGAGAGGACACAAGGAUUCAGUCACUCAAGUCCUUUUCUUGAAGGAGAAGAACCUCUUGGUCACCAGUGGCAAAGACACCUUGGUGAAAUGGUGGGAUCUGGAUACCCAGCACUGCUUCAAAACUCUAGUUGGACACCGUACUGAGGUUUGGGGGAUGGCUUUGCUAUCUGAAGAGAAGCGUCUGAUCACUGGGAGUGGUGACAGUGAGCUGAGGGUGUGGAAUAUUGCUUACAUCCAGGAGGUAAAAGACCCUGAUGAGCCAGAAUCAAAGAAAAGCAAAGGAUCUUCACCUGGAGUAGAAGAAAACACUGAAGAGGAUGAGACCCUAGAGUUGGAUGAGCAGCCUGAAGAUCGCCUUGUAAAGUGCAGCAAAGUUGGGUCCAUCAUGCGGGAAGGGAGAGACCGAGUAGUGACUCUCGCCACGGACCGAACUGGCAAGAUUUUGGCCUGCCAUGGAACAGAUGCUAUUUUGGAAGUGUUCUCUGUCCUUUCUGAGGAGGAAGUCAAAAAAAAAUUGGAAAAGAAAAUGAAGAAAGCGAAGAAAAAAGCCAAACAGAACUCUGAGGAGGAGCCUGAAAGGAGUGUGGAGCUGAGCCUGCAGGAGGAGAUUCAACGGGUCACUAACAUCAAAGCUUCUUCUAAAAUCAAGUCCUUCGACUUGAUUCUCUCUCCAAAAGGAGAGCUGAAGAUCGUACUGCUGCUCCAGAACAAUGUCAUUGAGUCAUACAACCUGAACCUGUCAGUACAGGUCCCACAGGCUGUCCGUGCAUCCAAGAUAACCAUUGGAGGCCACCGCAGUGAUGUCAGGACAUUGGCUUUUAGCUCUGACAACAUUGCCAUUCUCUCAGCAGCUGCAGAGUCUGUGAAGAUUUGGAACAGAUCGACCUUGCAGUGCAUCCGGACGAUGGACUGCGAGUACGCGCUCUGCUCGCUGUUUGUCCCAGGAGACCGACAGGUCAUCCUUGGCACCAAGACUGGGAAGCUGCAGCUGUAUGACCUGGCUUCUGGGAGUCUGAUAGAGACACUGGAUGCUCAUGAUGGAGCGGUGUGGUCUAUUGCUCUUUCCCCAGACCAGCAUGGCUUUGUGACAGGAGGUGCUGAUAAAUGUGUCAAGUUCUGGGAGUUUGAGCUUGUGAAGGAUGAGAGCAGUGUACAGAAGAGGCUUUGCAUGAAACACGUGCGCGUUUUGCAGCUCGAUGAAGAUGUUCUCUGCGUGCGGUACAGCCCCAACCAGAAGCUGCUGGCUGUUUCCUUACUGGACUGCACUGUGAAGAUCUUCUACGUUGAUACACUCAAGUUUUUCCUCUCGCUGUAUGGACACAAGCUGCCAGUGCUGUGUAUGGACAUCUCCUAUGAUGGGACUCUAAUUGCAACUGGCUCUGCUGACAGGAAUGUGAAGAUUUGGGGCUUGGAUUUUGGGGACUGUCACCGCUCUCUCUUUGCCCAUGAUGACAGUGUGAUGUAUCUGCAGUUUGUGGCAAAAUCCCAUCUCUUCUUCACAGCUGGGAAGGACAGCAAGAUAAAGCAAUGGGAUGCAGAUAAAUUUGAGCACAUCCAGACGCUGGAGGGGCAUCACAAGGAAGUGUGGUGUCUGGCACUCAGUCCCAAUGGAGACUACGUGGUGUCAUCAUCCCAUGACAAGUCCCUGCGCCUCUGGGAAAGGACGAGGGAGCCACUUAUUUUGGAAGAGGAGAGGGAGAUGGAACGAGAAGCUGAAUAUGAAGAGAGCGUGGCAAAGGAAGAGCAGCCUGUGGUGGCUGGAGAGAUGCAAGGAGAGACGGGGCUGGCAGGAAAGAAGACCAUUGAAACCAUCAAAGCGGCUGAGCGGAUCAUGGAAGCUGUCGAGCUGUACAGAGAAGAAACGGCGAAACUAAAGGAACACAAGGCCAUAUGCAAAGCUGCAGGAAAAGAGGUUCCGUUUCCUGUCAAUCCCAUCCUCCGUGCCUAUGGAAAUAUCACACCUUCUGCAUAUGUGCUAGAAGUUUUCAAGAAGGUCAAGUCAAGUGAGUUGGAAGAGUCUCUCCUAGUGCUGCCCUUCUCCUAUGUCCCUGACCUGCUCAAACUCUUCAAUGAAUACAUUCAGCUGGGUUCAGAAGUUGAACUCCUGUGCCGAGCUCUCCUCUUCCUGCUCAAGAUACAUUUUGGACAGAUCACAGGCAACCACAUGUUGGUGACAGUGAUAGAAAAUCUGAAGAAAACCACCAUCUCGAGAGUCAGUGAGGCCCGGGAUGUGUUGGGAUUCAACAUGGCAGGGCUCCAGUUCCUGAAGAGAGAGAUAGAGGCCAAGGAUGAGGUGACGUUUUUUACUGAUGCUACUGACCGUUUUGAGGAGAAGAAGAGGAAGAGGAAGAAGAAAGAGAAGAUGGUUCUUGCAGUGCUUUAGCAUUUGCUGCCCAAG